AUGGAUGCCAGAAUCUCCCGGUGUCCCUCACGACCUGUUCCCGCCGCGGAAUUCGUCUCCUCGCCGGCAAAGCAGCAGCCAGACUCAUCAUGCGUCUCCGGAAGAAGAGGUCACUCGAAAACCAAAGCCUUCAUCCCCCACACCGGGGGUAACAGUAUGUUCGAGGCCCUGUACCACGGGGUGCCCAUGGUCUGUCUGCCGCUUUUCGGGGACCAGCCCGUCAACGCGGCUCGGGCAGUCUCCAGAGGGCUGGGAGUGAGGCUAGACUUCAACACGUUCACAACAGAAACAUUGUACCAGGCCAUUAUGCAGGUUCUAACUGACAAAAGCUACCGUGAGACGGCAGCCCGCCUGUCCCGUCUGCACCGUGACCAGCCCCAGUCACCCAUGGAGCGGGCCGUCUGGUGGAUAGAACACGUCAUCAAACAUGGCGGCCUGCCCCAUCUCCGCGCACGCGCCGUGGAGCUGCCGUGGUACCAGUACUACCUGCUGGACGUGGCUGCCUUCCUGUUGGCCGUCUGUUCAGCUGUUCUUGUGCUCAUCUGGUGCAGCUGUUCUCUUGCCUGUAGAAAAAUUUGUAGCAAAAGGGAUGGCAAGCUGAAGUCUCAGUAA